AUGUCUGAAAUAUCCCUGAAAGCAGACAUAACCUUUAUAAGGCAGGAUUCAGUACCUAAAUUAACCAUGGUGUGGAAUAUAUAUUACAUAUCUCUGGUGUUGUUUUCAGUAUCCUUGAUUCAGCAAGCUUCUUCUCAAGAUUUAUCAAGCUGUGCAGGGAGAUGUGGGGAAGGGUAUUCUAGAGAGGCUCCCUGCCAUUGUGAUUAUAGCUGUCUACACUACAUGGAGUGCUGCCACGAUUACAAGAGAGUCUGCACAGAGGAACUCUCCUGUAAAGGACGCUGCUCUGAAUCUUUUGUAAGAGGGAGAGAAUGUGACUGUGACGCAGACUGCGAAAAAUAUGGGAAAUGCUGUCCAGACUAUCAGAAACAUUGUGAAGAAGCACUUACUAUGAAAUCAUCAUCAUCCAGAACAGCUCCUGUGGUCACCAAAACAACAGCCAAACGGUCAUCUAAAAAUUCAAAGAAGAAGAAGCCAAAGAAAGUAGUACAAUCUCAUGAAGUUAUGGAAGAACAUUCAGAAUCUGAGAAACAGAAAUCUUCUUCCUCAUCGUCUUCCUCGUUGUCAUCCACAACAAUUCGGAAAACAAAGGCUUCAGCAAGAAAUCCCAGUGAAAAAAACCAAACAAAUAAAAUUAAAAACAAAAACAAUAGAAAAGUGAAGGAUACCAUGAAAGAGCACGACUCAAAAAACAGAAGAACUUCAUCCAGGACUUCUACAUCUGAUGAAAUAAGAGAGAUUUCUGAGGAGACUGGCAGUGGAUUGGACAAUGUGGGUACUAGGCCUGCUCCUACUGCAAAGGGCCCUGACAGAAAAAUUUCAAGUCAAGGAAAUAAAGGUACAACAGCAGCUCCAUUGUCAGAAGAAAGUUUUAGCCAGACCCCUGCCUCCCAGCCAGAUAAAGUUACUGUGCCCUUCAAAAUGAAUACUACAAAGACAUUAAGUCUGAAGACCAACAUGCAACCUACUACUACAAGUAUGGCUAAGAUCUCAGCAUUAACUGGUGCAGCUCAUGUCACUAAAGCUAAAGACACAAGUACUACAUCUAUGAAAAAUGCCACAGCUACUACAGCUAAAGGGAUGACCACAGCUAAGAGAGAUAAAACUACUAAAGACACAACAACUACAACCGCUAGAGAAACAAUAACCACAAUAGAUAAAAAAGUCACAACUAUUGCUGAGAGAGAGACUGUAACAGCUAAAACAGUCACAGCUGCAGCUAAAGACGCUGUAAAAGCAACAGAUAAAAAAGACACAACCACAGCAAAUGACAAGAAUAUAUUGACUCCAGAUGAAAAAGACUUAACUAAAAAAGACACAACUAUUGCAGCGAGGAAGACUGUAACAAGAGCACCUAGAACAGACACACCUGCAGAAAUUCAAGACACUGUAACAACAGCAGGCAAAAAAGAUACAACUACUGUGGACAAAGAAAAUGUGUUAACAGCUGAAAAAGACACAACCACAGCAAAUGACGAGAUUAUACUGACUCCAGAUGAAAAAGACUUAAUAACUAAAAAAGACACAACUAUUGCAGCGAGGAAGACUGUAACAAGAGCACCUAGAACAGACACAACUGCAGAAAUUCAAGACACUGUAACGACAGCAGGCAAAAAAGAUACAACUACUGUGGGCAAUGAAAACGUGCCAACAGAUGAAAGAGACAAAACAACCAUAGGUAAAAAAGACACAACGACAAUGGACACAGAGAUUGUGAUGACUACAGCAGAAAGAGACACAACAGAUAAAAAAGACACAAUUACUGCAGAGAGAGAGACUGUAACAACAACAGCUAAAACAGCCACAACUGCUGCAGCUAAAGACACUGUAACAUCAGCAGCUAAAAAAGACACAACUACAGUAGGUGAAGAGAUGAUAUUGAGUCCAGAUGAAAAAGACUUAACAACUAAAAAAGACACAACUACUGCAUAUAGAGAGAUUGUAACAUCGGCUACAACAGCCACAACUGCAGCAGCUAGGGAGACCGUAACAAGAGCACCCCAAACAGACACAACUACAGAAACUCUAGCCACCAUAGGUAAAAAAGAUACAACUACCGUGGACAAAGAGACUGUAAUGACAAUAAAUGAAAAAGACAAAACAGCCAUAACUACUAUAGCUGCAGUCAAUAUAACAACAACAGAUGAAAAAGACACAAUAGAUAAAACCACAACUACUGCAUCCAGAGCUACUGCAGCUAAAAAAUCUGUAAUGACAACAGCUAAACUGGACACAACAGCACCAGCUAGAAAGACACAAACUACCACUAAACAGACACCUACUGCUGCUGAAGUAACAACCAUGGCUAUAGAACUGACAACUGCAGAUAAAGAAGAGACUGUAGAUAACAGACAGAAAACUACAGCUACCGAAGAAACAACAACGGAAGAGAAAAAAGAGUUAACCACUGUUAUCAAAGAGAGAACUACAGAAAAAGCUUCUGAUGAUAAACAGGCAACUACAACAGGUAAAAUAGACACAACUGCCAGUACUGUCACUAAAGAAACACUGACUGUCUCUGAAGAGGUGUCCACUACAGCUAAAGGCUCCCAGGAAAGACCUGUGUCACUAACAGAAGAUAAACCUGGAAUCACUGUCACUCAAAUCCCACCAGUAAAAGCCACUGCCAAACCCACCAUUGAACCUGAAAAAAACACUAAGUCUGUGAUACAAAUUACUGCUACUCCACCCAUAAACCUUUCUACCUCUCAACCUAAAGACGUCCCUGAAACAAAAGUCCAUUUUGAAACCACAAAAGAAACAUCUACUGUUACUAAAAGAUCUACAGCAACUUCCAUUUCCAAGGAGACUACUGAAACCAAAGACAUCUCUGAAAAUACAUACACUACAGAUACUACCACCCAGAAAAACACAACACAGUUUCCCACUGAAAAAUUACAAACUUCCAAGAUCAUCAUCAGUCCUUCUUUGGCUCAGAAACCAGCUACCCACCCAGUCACUCCUGAGCAGGAGAAACAUAUAGAUAAUUCAAGCUCCACUGCAAUUAAUCCAAUGACUCUUCCAGACAGUAAUUUCCCCCGCAGAAACACAGAAAACCCCAAAGAAACUCCCGCUCCUUAUGAGGGACCCAAUCAAAAUCCUACCUCUUCCAAACAAGUUAACUCUAUAGACUACCCAGCAAUCUCAUUCACAACUUCUGUUGUUCCACUGAGAGCUACACCUAAUCCUAACGGCAAUGAUGAAAACAACAGGUUGGAAACCAUUACGAAAAUAACAUGGACAACAACAAAAUCUAAUUCAGCUAUCCCUCAAAAACAAGAAACAACGUCCCAUGGCAUUACAACUAAUACCAGCAUUGAUCUUGUUUCAGAUAAAGAAAUUACCAAGGAAAGUCCAAUAGCUAUGAACACAAAUACAUCAGUAAAACAUACAAUAGUGUCUUCAACCUUUACAGCUGAGAAAGAUAUGCAUCAUACCUCCACCUUGCCAAGCGGAUUCAUAACCACAAGGACUGAAGAAAGAAGAGAAGUCACACAUUUCCCCACUAAAACAUACUCGUCAACUAAAGCUCCUGAAAGAAGCCCCGCUAUACACACAGACUCCAAACUACAGGACAAGAUCAACACAACUUACAAAGAUGAACAAGAUAAGAAUUUGUGUAACGGAAAACCAGCAGAUGGAAUAGUUGCUUUACCAAAUGGAACAUUAGCUGUAUUCCGAGGUCAUUACUACUGGCUGCUGGAUUCAGCUAGGCAGCCAACAGUGUCCCCUCGUAAAAUCACUGAGGGUUGGGGUAUUCCAUCCCCCAUCGACACUGUCUUUUCCAGAUGCAACUGUGAUGGCAAAACCUUCUUCUUUAAGGGUUCCCAAUACUGGCGUUUCACUAAUGAUGCGAAGGAUGUGGGAUAUCCCAAACAAAUUGCAAAAGGAUUUGCAGGACUAAGUGGGAAAAUAGUAGCAGUUCUUUCAGUAGCACAACACAACAAAAGGCCAGAAUCUGUGUAUUUUUUCAAGAGAGGUGGCAGCGUUCAACAUUAUAUCUACAAUCAAGAACCAGCCAAAAAGUGCAAAAAGAAAGUACAUGUUAGGUCCCCAGCUUAUACACCCAGAGCUGUGAUCAAGAGGAGACGCUUUGAACGUGCAAUAAGAUCAGCAAUCAUGUACCGCACACCAGUCAUGUACCAAACUCUCAGAAUCAACCAUAAUCCAUCUGGAAUAUUACAUCAUGAGGUUAAAAUAAAUUCUUACUGGAGAGGAUUUCCAAAAGUAGUUCACUCAGCUAUAUCAAUACCUAACUACCAAAGGCCAGAUGGUUAUGAUUAUUAUGUUUUCUCUAAAGAUCAAUACUACAACGUGGAUGUGGCCAGCAGAAUAGCAAGAUCAGUUACCUCUCAGACUGGGCAGACGGUAUCCAAGGACUGGUAUAAGUGUCCUAAAGAUGAAUUGUAA